GAAAGCAAAGUCCAGGCUGCGGGACUCAGGGCAGCCAUGGCCAGGCACUGUGGGGCAAUGGCAACCAGGAUCCAGGCAAGGCUGAGCACAGUCUGCUCUUCCCGCUGGCUGCAGGACUGGCAUCUGUCCCUGGGGCUGUCAGGAGCGCGUUUGGCCCACGCCGGGGCUGCAGAGCGGCUGCAGCGGGAGUACGACGCGGUGGUGAUCGGGGCAGGGCACAACGGGCUGGUGGCAGCUGCCUACCUGCAGCAGGCAGGGGUGCACACAGCUGUGCUGGAGAAGCGCCACGUGCUGGGCGGUGCGGCUGUCACAGAGGAGAUUGUGCCAGGGUUCAAGUUUUCCCGGGCAUCGUACCUGCUCAGCCUGCUGCGGCCACAAAUCUAUGCCGAGCUGGAGCUGCAGCGGCAUGGCCUGAGGGUGCUCCCACGGGACCCCUAUUCCUUCACCCCACUGCUGGAAGACAGGAGCCCUCCUCGUUCCCUCCUGCUGGGACACAACAUGGCCCAGAAUCAGCAGCAGAUUGCUCAGUUCUCCCAGAAGGAUGCCCAGGCUUACCCUGAGUAUGAGGCAUUCAUGGGGGGCAUGGUGUCGGCCCUUGACCCACUGCUGGAUUCUCCUCCAGUUGAUACAGCUGCCCUGGGGAAGGGGUCCCUGCUCCAGCAGCUCAGGAACCUGCGAGCCCUGCGGCCCCUGCUGCAGGCAGGGCUGGCGCUGGGGCAGCAGCUGCCCCGCUAUUACGAGGUGCUCACAGCCCCCAUCUCCAAGAUCCUGGAUCAGUGGUUUGAGUCAGAGCCCCUGAAGGCAACUCUUGCUACUGACGCGGUGAUUGGAGCCAUGACUAGCCCCCACACCCCCGGCAGCGGGUACGUGCUGUUGCACCAUGUCAUGGGCGAGCUAGAGGGACGGCGGGGAGCCUGGGGCUACGUGGCAGGUGGGAUGGGAGCCCUGUCCCAAGCCAUUGCCCAUGCAGCAACAGCCCGGGGAGCCCACAUCUUUGUUGAGAAGGCAGUGUGCCACGUGCUGCUGGGCAGGGACGGGCAGGCACGGGGUGUUGCGCUGCAGGAUGGUACAGAGGUGAGGAGUAAACUGGUGCUCUCCAAUGCCUCCCCCCAAAUCACUUUCCUGGAACUCAUUCCUCAGGAGCAGCUGCCAAAGGAUUUUGUCCAGCGGAUCCAGCAGGUUGACACACGCUCCCCUGUCACCAAGAUCAAUGUGGCGGUGGAUCGGCUGCCCAGCUUCCUGGCUGCCCCCAAUACCCGUGAUGGCCAGCCCCUGCCCCACCACCAGUGCUCCAUACAUCUCAACUGCGAGAACACCCACCUCCUGCAUCAGGCAUUCACUGAGGCUACCCACGGACACCCCUCCAACAGGCCCAUGAUCGAGCUCUGCAUCCCCUCAGCGCUGGACCCAGGACUGGCCCCACAGGGCUGCCACGUUGUGUCCCUCUUCACCCAGUACACCCCGUCCGUGCUGGCGGAUGGUCAGUCCUGGGACGAGCAGGCCAAAAACGCGUAUGCAGACAGGGUGUUUGACUGCAUUGAAGACUAUGCCCCAGGAUUCAAGGCAUCCGUCAUUGGCAGAGAUAUCCUGACACCACCAGACCUGGAGAGGAUCUUUGGACUGCCUGGUGGAAACAUCUUCCACGGAGGGAUGUCUCUGGACCAGCUGUACUUUGCCCGGCCAGCACCAUCUUACUCUGGCUACCGGUCCCCAAUUCCUGGCUUGUACCUGUGUGGAAGUGGAGCCCACCCUGGAGGAGGAGUGAUGGGAGCAGCAGGACGCAAUGCUGCCCAGGUGGCCCUCAAGGACUUCAGGAGCCUCUGAUGAUAGUGGUGACACUGACUUCACCAACACAGGCUCGUGGCAGCAGCAAGCCUUGUUGAUCCCAUGUAGAGCCCUGUUCAUCCCCGAAUUGCUUACCAGACACCUCAGGGCAGCAUCCCCAGAGAGAUGAGUCUGGUAGGGUCCCCUGUGCUCUCAGUUGCUACUAUCUUAAACAGGCGGCUGCUCCCAGCCUUCCACACCCCAGCUUUGCUGCAGUGACUCGUGCACUGUGUGACCCUGGUAAGCCUCACUCAGCCCCUGCCUGUGCCCAUGGAAAUAAACCUUGGCCCAGGCUCCAUCAUGA